GGCAGCUAGGGGGGAAAUUGCUGCCUUUUUAUACGGCGCGCCCGCCCGAUAAGGAAAAUGAGUAAUUCUACGAUUUUGGGAGGCUUCGCCAACGGGGCUCGUAGCGGAGCGCGAGGAGGACUCAGAUAUUUAGAGUGGUUUCAUUGGUUUCAAUCGAUGUCGGUUCUUUUUCUGGUCUAAUGUCAUCAUCACCCUCCUGGGGAUGGAUAGAGGGGGACUCAGUGGUUCUUAUAGUGUAAAAAUUAUGUGGAGACUCCAACUCUGAAAAUGACAGUGAAUUUCUCAUUAUGAUCUUGAAUUGUUCACUAUGAUAGACUAUUUGGGAAACCACAAGGGGUGCACUUUGCUUGCGGGAGUCAGAGUCAAGAAUAGCACACUGGGAGUGCACAUAGGCUUGAAAUGGCCAUUUGUGUUUGAAAAAUGGCGCUUUUGGGGGAAAAACCGGCCUAUAUACCCACAAGAAAGGACCGUUGACCAUCAGGAUCACUAUGAAGCAUGUACACAUGGUUUCUAUACCCCAAGUGCUCUCACAAUAGAAAUAAAAGUGGUAUUCUCCGUCCCAGUCCCGACUAUUUAAUGCGCCAGUUUGUGGCUGCGAAAUUGUUCCCACUACACAAACAUCCAUUUUAAAAUGCAUUUGAUGAAUGUUCUUUUGGCCACCAUGGUGGCCGCCAUCUACAUCCCCGCGAACGGAGACGACUGGACCUUGUUGAAGCCCGAGGACGCAGGUGCCGGAAUCCCCACCCUUGACUUCGAUUUUGGUAUUGUUGUGUCGUUAGUGGACGAAGGUGAGUUUGCGAACUCCAACUUCAAUGCCAUUCAGAACACCGUGGGACAGGUUCGAAGCCAAGAAGAAGAAGUCUCGCUUGUUUCCCCUGCUCCAGCCGAAGCUACUUUUGAUAUUAAAAUGGUUUCUUGUAAGACCAACUCGACCUUACUGAUGAGUUUGACUGGAGGUAUUCUUAGAGACUCCAGUAACAGAAUUGGAACCAUGGUCUCAAACAGACAGUUUCAGUUUGAUGGUCCCACUCCACAGUUUGGAGCAGUCUACGCCAACGGCUGGGCAGCCGACCCUGACGGGUACUUGGUAUUGGGAUCGCAGAGGGUGUUUUACCAGUGUGCAUCGGGAGAGUUCUACAAUUUGUACGACCAACAGAUUGACACCCAGUGCAGUCCCGUCAACUUGCGAGUGGUGGGGCUAGUAGAGUGUUAAUAUAGUCCGUAGAUAGUGCAUUUAGCCUAUGAAUAUACGACUAAUACU